CCGUCGCGCGGUGCACAGAUAAGACGUCGCGCUUGCGCAGGCGCUCGGCGCAGAGGCCUGCGGGAAGCUAAGAUGGCGCAUAGGGGUUCUCCAGGCUGCAGUUGGCGCCUUAUCUGUAUCUAAGCGGAGUGGUUUUGGAAGGAGUUAAGGGGCUGUGGCAAACGCCCUCUCCGCCGUCAUGGCCCGGCAUCGGAAUGUUCGAGGCUAUAACUACGAUGAAGAUUUUGAAGAUGAUGAUCUCUACGGCCAGUCUGUAGAGGAUGAUUAUUGUAUUUCGCCAUCAACAGCUGCUCAGUUUAUUUAUUCACGGCGUGACAAACCUUCUGUUGAGCCUGUGGAAGAAUAUGAUUAUGAAGAUCUGAAAGAAUCUUCCAAUUCUGUUUCGAACCAUCAGUUCAGUGGAUUUGAUCAAGCUCGUCUUUAUUCAUGCCUUGAUCACAUGAGAGAGAUACUUGGAGAUGCUGUGCCAGAUGAAAUAUUAAUUGAAGCAGUUCUGAAGAACAAGUUUGAUGUGCAGAAGGCUUUGUCAGGGGUUCUGGAACAAGAUAGAGUGCAGAGUUUGAAGGACAAGAAUGAGGGAACAGUAUCUACAGGAAAGAUAGCAAAAGAGUCUCACUCUGUCACCCAGGCUGGAGUGCAGUGGCAUGAUCUUGCUCACAGCAGCUACCACCUCCUGGGUUCAAGUGAUUGUCCUUCCUCAGCCUCCCAAGUAACUGGGAUUACAGGAAAACCAGUAGAUUCCCAGACAUCGCGAAGUGAAUCUGAAAUUGUGCCAAAAGUUGCUAAAAUGACUGUAUCUGGAAAGAAGCAAACUAUGGGAUUUGAAGUGCCUGGAGUAUCGUCUGAAGAAAAUGGUCAUAGUUUCCACACACCUCAAAAAGGACCGCCCAUUCAAGAUGCCAUUGCUUCUUCCGAUGUUCUUGAGACUGCUUCUAAAUCUGCUAAUCCACCCCAAACGAUUCAAGCAUCAGAAGAGCAGAGUUCAACCCCAGCACCGGUGAAAAAGUCUGGCAAGCUGAGGCAGCAAAUAGAUGUGAAGGCGGAACUGGAGAAGCGGCAAGGAGGGAAGCAGCUACUCAACUUAGUGGUCAUUGGUCAUGUUGAUGCUGGGAAAAGUACUCUGAUGGGCCAUAUGCUUUAUCUUCUGGGUAAUAUAAACAAAAGAACUAUGCAUAAGUAUGAACAGGAGUCUAAAAAGGCUGGCAAAGCUUCGUUUGCAUAUGCAUGGGUCUUGGAUGAAACUGGCGAAGAAAGGGAAAGGGGAGUAACCAUGGAUGUUGGUAUGACAAAGUUUGAAACCACAACCAAAGUUAUUACAUUAAUGGAUGCUCCAGGCCAUAAGGACUUCAUUCCAAAUAUGAUUACAGGAGCAGCCCAGGCGGAUGUAGCUGUUUUAGUUGUAGAUGCCAGCAGGGGAGAGUUUGAAGCUGGAUUUGAGACUGGAGGACAAACACGAGAGCAUGGACUCUUGGUCCGUUCUCUGGGAGUGACGCAGCUUGCAGUUGCAGUUAAUAAAAUGGAUCAGGUUAAUUGGCAACAAGAAAGAUUUCAAGAGAUUACUGGAAAACUUGGGCACUUUCUUAAGCAAGCAGGUUUUAAGGAGAGUGAUGUAGCUUUUAUUCCUACAAGUGGUCUCAGUGGUGAAAAUCUAAUCACAAGAUCUCGGUCAAGUGAACUCACAAAAUGGUAUAAAGGACUAUGUUUAUUAGAACAAAUUGAUUCCUUUAAGCCUCCCCAGCGAUCUAUUGACAAGCCUUUUAGAUUAUGUGUGUCUGAUGUUUUCAAAGAUCAAGGAUCUGGAUUUUGCAUAACUGGUAAAAUAGAAGCUGGUUAUAUCCAAACUGGUGACCGACUACUGGCAAUGCCUCCUAAUGAAACUUGUACGGUGAAAGGAAUCACUCUGCAUGAUGAACCUGUCGAUUGGGCGGCAGCAGGCGAUCACGUUAGUCUUACUUUGGUUGGGAUGGAUAUCAUCAAAAUCAAUGUUGGCUGCAUAUUUUGUGGUCCCAAAGUACCCAUUAAAGCUUGCACUCGUUUCAGAGCCCGAAUCCUCAUCUUUAAUAUUGAAAUUCCUAUCACUAAAGGAUUUCCUGUGCUGUUACACUACCAAACUGUCAGUGAACCCGCCGUUAUUAAACGAUUGAUUAGUGUCUUAAACAAAAGCACGGGUGAAGUCACAAAGAAAACGCCUAAGUUUUUGACUAAAGGCCAGAAUGCAUUGGUAGAGCUACAGACACAAAGACCAAUAGCUCUUGAGCUAUAUAAAGACUUUAAAGAGCUGGGGAGGUUCAUGCUACGUUACGGUGGUUCUACAAUAGCUGCUGGUGUUGUCACUGAGAUGAAAGAAUGAUGGGUCAGAAUUUCUACCAUGUUUCCGGAUACAGUGAAAUAGCUAACCUCUGUUUCAAGAAUGCAGUUAUUAAGUCAAAGGAACAAUGUGCAAUUGAUAUGUUUUUAGAUGAGAGAGAAAAAUUAAAGUUAAAAUUAGCUGCAAAGAAGUAUUAAUAAUCACCCUUGCAAAAAUUCUAAGUUGCCAACUGGCAAAGUCUAAAGUUAAAAACAACUUUGCCUUUGAAAUGUUAGUAAAUGGAUUUACUCUGCUGAGAUUUAUGGCAAGUGUCAAAAAUAGUAUCUGAAGAUACUGAAUCAUCAUGAAAUGAACUCUACUUCUGGCCAAAGCACAAUGUAUUUGCAGUUUUCUCUUUUGAUUCAAUUAUACUGCGCAUGUUUUAAGGAAAAGUAACUUAAUUGGGUUUUUCAGGCAGUUGAUAUUUGACCUAAGCUUUUUUUUUUUUUUUUUUUUUUUCUCUCCCAGUUAACGCUAAGAAAAGAUUUGGGGAAGGUUAUAAUAAAGGUAUUUUGUGGUGACCAUAAGAAUGUCCCUCCCCAAACAAGUAAACUUGUGAAAGUUUAAUUCGAAAUUAGUGGAAGCUGUUCCUUUGAAAGCCAAGAUAUUAUUUAAGUUGUAAAGCCAGCUAAUAAAAUGCCUUAGUUUGAGCAUAA